UAAACCGGAGUGACUCCACAAGGGGGUCCGGUUCCACCCGAGUCUGGACCGCGGAUCCGGAACCAAGCGCCUGCAUCCUGCAGCAGCUGAACCAGAGCUUUUCUACCAAACACGUACAACAGCUGGACACAUCUGUGCGCGCUCUUUCUUCGUGCUUUGGGGGCGCGCAUCGGACGUGUAAUAACCCCGGACAGUUAUUGUGCGUUCAAUGGCAUUUGGAGCCAUUGAACGCAUCACCUGAGUGGAAACAAAGUGCUGCGGACACAGCAUGUGGGAUGGCUGCAGACAACUACUUGAUGACACCUUUGUGACACUCUUUUGGGAUCAGAGACAUAUUUCCUGAAUAAGAUCUGUCAUCCUUCAGCCAUAAUGACUCCAGACACUCCAGACCAGUGCCAUUACAAGCACACCAUCGACCCAGCCGGCAGCCCGUUGAUCAGCGCCAUCAUGUUCGCCAUGGGCAUCUUUGGCAACGUAGCUGCACUGGUGAUCCUGGAGAUCCGGCGGCGCAGAGAGACAAGGAGCGGGGGUGCGUCGCGGCGUGCGCUGUUUCACGUUCUCAUCACGGUGCUGGUGCUCACCGACCUGGCCGGGACCUGCCUGGUCAGCCCACUGGUGCAGCUGGCAUAUUCACGCAACACCACCAUGGAGGGGAUGUCGCCUGAUACACACAGUGUGUGCUGGUACUUUGGUGUCACCAUGACCUUCUUCAGUCUGGCCACCCUGUCGCUCCUCUUCUUGAUGGCGUUAGAGCGAUGCUUUGCCAUUGGAUACCCCUACCUGUACACCCGGCAUGUCACCAAGAAAUGUGCCUAUAUCACCAUCCCAUCAGUGUUUACGUUAUGUAUGAUAUUCUGUCUCCUGCCUUGUGCCGGGUUUGGUAUUUAUGUUCAAUACUGCCCUGGCACGUGGUGCUUCAUUGACAUGAACCCAGAUCGAGGUGAGGACCGCGCCUACGCCAACCUGUACGCCACUAUCAUGUUCUUGCUGGUGUUGGCCAUUGUGGCAUGCAACGGUUUCGUGGUGUACCAGCUUUUCAAGAUGUACCAACGCCGCAAGAGGAACGGCGGCUCGGUGAUGGGAACCAUAAGAUCCAACAAUGACCGCAGAGCGACGUCCAUGGCCGAGGAGGUGGAGCACCUCAUCCUGCUGGUGUUUAUGACCAUCAUCUUCAUCAUAUGCACGCUGCCCCUAGUGAUCCGGGUGUACAUCAACUCCAUAAACUCCAUAAAAGAGUCUCACCCCUUGGACCUGAUUGCCCUGCGCUUCAUCUCCAUCAACUCCAUCAUCGACCCCUGGGUGUUCAUCCUCCUCUCCCCCAGCGUGCUGCACUUUUUCUGGGCGAAGGCGUGCCGGGCCCCCAUAGGAGCCUCCAGGGGCUCCAUGUGUCAACCGUCCAUCAGUAAAAACAAUACCACUAACAUCGAACUGUCUCACAACACGCCGGACUACACCGCCCCUUUUCAAUCUGUGGAAAAUCGAUGACCAUAAGACCACGUUAUGGUUUGAUAUGUAUAUUUAUUGGACACGUGAACGGACAGUGUGAUUUCUGCUUUCAUGCACCUCCACAUCUGUUCCUCAUAGUGGGUGUUUUAUUUAUUUUUGGGUUGUUUCCAUGAGAUAAUGGAUCUUACUGUCUUACUGAUAAGCACUUAUCAGGCUCUGUCAGCUGGAGGCCAACUGCUUCUACCAUCUCAGUACAUUGUAUGAAUGUGGAACGCACAGUGACUUCUCUAGAGCUUUAGGGCUGCAUCCAUACUUCUAUGUUUUAAUAUGAAUACAUAUACUCAGCCAUAGAUAGGCCUGGGGUAGCAUUGUGGAUGGAGCUUAAGUAUUAAGUUUAAAGCUCCACAUUUUGUCUCCUUUGCUGCUUGUGUGAUAUAUCAGUGAAUCUGUUGAAUGGAAAAGGUUGUUGAUGGGAAAGAAUUAUUUCUGGAAUUGGGAAACUGCAAGUGGUAUCUCUGCUUUAUCUCUACGCUUCAGGACAAACCCCACAGGAAGGGAGAGGUAACUGCUGCUUGGACACGUCUUCUCUGAUUCAAAUGCUGCUUUUUCAAACCACUCUCACUUGCCUUUAAUAUGUAAUUGUAUAGAGAUGCAUAUAUCAGGUAAUGGGAAACAGAGCUGAAUGUGUUACGGUUACGUGACGUGACUUGGGAUCACAAUGAUAGAAGAUAGAAUGGUGGGAUGACACGGGUGUAGAUAUCUGAGGCACGUCUUUCUCCUCUCAACACUUCAGUGAUCAUGGGGUCAUCGUCUUGAGAACAUUAUCUUUUCACUUGACCUUUGACCUUAACCUCUACUCUGCUUUGGAAACCCUAACCCUUCACAUUCCUACCAGAUCCCUGCUGGAUGAAAGAGAAAGAACCACUUCUGGUACGAUAUGGUCACCACUUCCAUCAGAGCGCUAAAGGUUAUUCAUCAUUUCAUUCAUGUGUACAUACACAGUACGUACCAUAUGAUAUAAGAUGUCAUUAGAUGAGACUGCAGUAAAACGCAAACUUGAACAAUUCAAAGUUUCAUUUAAUUAGCUAACACUCACUUAUUUAUACAAUUUGAAGUGUUAGUCCUGCAGGUGUUGGACAUACACUCAGUUGGCAGUUUAUUAGGUACAGCCAGCUAAAACUAGUCUAAUACAACAAACACUAUACUGCAAAAAUGUUUCCUUUCAUUAGGCCUUAAAUGUCAAUGAUGUAAACAGGGUGGAUGAAAUAAUCGUAGCACGUGUCAGUAUUACGCAAUGAAUUGGACAAAUUGCACAGUCACACAACUUGUAAUCUUUAUAUUUUGCACAUUUAUAGAACAGCCUAAUGUUGUACAUAUACUUUUUUAUCUUAUGUUAUUUAUUCUAGAUCCUGUUUGAUCCUAGUAAACUUUGUCACGGAGGAGGAUUUACUGCAGGACUGCACUAUUAUUACCUAAUAAACUGAGCAGCUGAGUGUUAAUCCUCUGUUACUCUGUGAAAAGCACCAUUGUUUACUUUCAACGUGUGCCAAAGAUCGGAUCUCAGUUUGUCGACACGUCAACGUGGGGGAAAAACCCUUUAGUGACUGAAAAGGUUUUUACUCCACGUGCUUCUUUCCAGGGGACGGCUCAUCUGGAACCAAUGAUUUCUCCUUUUCACAGCUCACAUUAAAAAAACAUCAUGAUUACCGGCUCUGAUUAUAUCCUUGUGCUGAUUGUUCAACUAGCAAUUUAAACAAGGCCAGAAACUGGAGGCCCACCAAUAAAGCUGCACGUGUAAAACCUC